UGUUUGUAACAAGCACAUCAAAUGUGAAGACAAAACAAGAGUAAAAUUUUCUACUCUACGGCAUUACUCUUAAAAUUUCUCAAAAAUUAGCUUAGCUGCCAUUCUUCAUCACAACCACCAAAAGCUUCUCACAUGGAGCAGAGGAAUUCCGCUAUCGAUCCCAGAAACGGUUUCAACUCAGUAACAAAAAUUUUCCACAGUCUCAAACCUCCUAUUUACCUUCCUCCUGAGCAUGUUCCUCUCUCAGUCGCUGCAUUUGCUCUGUCUCUCCGCCGCAACUUCCCUUGGCCCGACUCAAUCGCCCUUAUCCACUCCUCGUCGGGUCGGACCGUCUCGUACUCCGAGUUCGUUCACCGAACCAAAACCCUCGCCGAGAAUCUCCGUACCACACUCGGACUCUCCAAAGGAGACACUGCAUUUAUACUCUCUCCAAACUCCAUUCAAAUUCCAAUCCUCUACUUCUCGCUUCUCACUAUCGGCGUGGUUAUCUCUCCGGUCAAUCCAGUCAGCACUGAGUCAGAGAUCGUCCGGCUCAUCGGGCUUUGCAAACCAGCCAUCGCCUUCUCCACGUCAACCAACGCUCACAAGCUCCGUAAUCUCCACCUCAAAACAAUUUUGACCGACUCGCCUGAGUUUGACUCAAUGAGCAGCAUUCCAAUACGGGAACGAGAACCAGAACCAAUGGAAGCGAUCAGACAAUCGGAUUUAGCGGCGAUUUUGUAUUCUUCGGGGACAACUGGGAAGGUCAAAGGAGUGAUGUUGACUCACAGGAAUCUGAUAUUCACAACCGCCGGAUUCUACGCGGAUCUAACAGAGAGAGAAUCGCCGGCUGUUUUACUCUACACGGUGCCGUAUUACCACAUAUUUGGGUUCUUAUACUGCGUGAAAUCGAUAGGCGUGAACGACACCGCGGUGGUAAUGGAGAAGUUUGAUUUGGGGAAAAUGGUGAAAGCUGUGGAAGAGUACAGAGUGAGCCAGUUGCUAUUGGUCCCAUCAGUGGUGGUGGCCAUGGUAAAAAAAGCUCAUCAUUUAAAAGCUGCUGGCCAUGACUUGAGCUCUUUGGAGCUGGUAAGGUGUGGUGCAGCUCCUCUCGGUAAGGAUAUGGCUAUGGCGUUCAAAGCUAAGUUUCCCAAUGCAGUAUUAUCACAGGGUUAUGGGUUGACCGAGACGACAGGGGGAGUUUUCCGGACAGACACAGAAGAAAGUCUGCUGCGUGGCUCGACAGGAAGGCUUUUAGGAAGUUCGGAAGCUAAAAUAGUAGAUCCAGAGACGGGGCAGGGUUUGUGUCCUUGCCAGCAAGGAGAGCUUUGGGUUAGAGGACCAUCCAUAAUGAAAGGGUAUAUUGGUGACAUAGACACUACUUCGGCAGCCAUUGUUUCUGGUGGGUGGCUGAGGACCGGUGACCUCUGUUAUAUUGAUGAAGAAGGUUAUCUUUAUGUCGUUGAUAGGCUUAAGGAGUUGAUCAAAUACAAAGGAUAUCAGGUAGCUCCUGCAGAAUUAGAACACUUGCUUCAAUCUCAUCCACAGAUAGUCGACGCUGCUGUGAUACCAUAUCCAGAUGAAGAAGCUGGUCAGCUUCCCAUGGCGGUUGUGGAAAGACGUCCCAAUAGUAACCUUGGAGAAGAAGAGGUGGUGGAGUUUGUGGCCAAACAGGUUGCUCCAUACAAAAAGAUUAGGCGAGUAGCAUUUGUGGAAUCCUUACCCAAGAGUGCAGCUGGAAAAAUAUUAAGAAAUGAGCUGAAGAACAUGUUCAUUGCACCCUCUUUGUCCAAACUCUGAUAUUCUGUUGUGCCAUAUAUAGAUGAAGGCAGAAUGAAAACAUGAACAAAAAGUUUACGAGUCCUAGAUCGGGGGCUCGCUUAAGUUUCUUAUUUUAUACUUAUUCAAUAUGUUACUAAUAAAACGUAUCAGACAACUAUCAUACAUAUUUUCUACUUUA